AUGGGCCUUAAAGGUCUUUGGCAGAUCCUUCAGCCCUCCUCCAUCUCUACAUCUUUAGAUGAUUUGAAUUCAAAGACUUUAGCUAUUGAUGUAAACAUUUGGAUUUAUCAAUUACUGCGAGCAUCUGGAUCACAAUCCAAGCCUGGAUCCUCCUCAAGCUUUGCAGUUGAAAUCUUUUUUCAUCGACUCUGUAAAUUACUGUAUGCCAACAUAUGCCCUGUUAUGGUAUUUGAAGGUUCAGCACCAUUUAUGAAAAGAAAAUCUCUUCAAUCGAGGGCUUUACGGCUUGAAUCGGAUCUUGCCCGGUCUAAGUUAUUGCUGAAAAAGAUAUUUGGUAACUUGCUAUUAUCGCUACAAUCAAAUAACCCCGCCAUCGAAACUUUGGAAAAUGAAAGUCUAUUAAAACUUGAAUCUGCACCUUUGAAUUCAAGCAUUUGCAGCUCCAUUACCGAAAAUCACGGUUCCAGUUCGGUUCCGGAAAUUUACCCCUUUUCUUCAGAAUAUGACGCAUUGUCGUCAGUUAGUAAACUAAAAAUCCUAGAGCGUUAUAAAAGACGAAAAUAUUGCAAACCUUCCUUUUUUAAUUGUUCCACGCCUAGUGAAGAAAGCUUCUCUCGUUCACAAAUUGAAAGAGUUGAAUUUCAAGGCCGUGUUUUCAAAGAAAUCACUCGUUUGAAAGAUGAAGCCUCUUUGAGGAAAAUAUUGCAUUCAAAAUCGCAGAGGGCAGAAUUGAGCUCUUUGAAUUCUCCUCUUACCUCUGAAAAGUCAACCCUGCCGGUUGAUAUUAAAAUUCCAACAGUACUGCCCUCUAAAGAUAGCAAUUCUGCCUAUAUGUGUUUCGAAGCCAUCUGCUCCGAACCUUCCCCAUCGCCAUUAAAAACAAAAUCGAUAGACAGUUUUGAAGCUACACCGCUUGGGGUUCCCAUUUUAACGAAAAAUAGCAGUUUAUUUGAAGAUUCCCCUUCUAGUUCGGCUAAUGAUUCUGAACAGUCCGAGAUUCUCGAUUUGACCGAUGUUGGCGAGUUAAACCCGCCAUCAAAUGCUCCUGCUGUUCAAAAUAAGGCUAAUACUGAAGGGUGUGUUACUAUGUUGGAUGCUAGAAAAGUGUAUUCCUCACCUGAAAAAAUGGUGGAAAGCACUUUGAGUAAAAGUCUUGUUGAUAACUUUGAUUACCAAGGCAAUCUUCAUUCUAAUGAGUCUGAUACUAACUGUACGAGCUUUAAUGAUUUAAAUACCGACCAUAAUGAUCCAGAUGUUGAACCAACCAAUGGCGAUCCAAGUAUUAUAUCUAGCAAUCUGGAUGUUAAUUCGAAAGAUCCCACCAUAGAAUACAAAGAUCAAUAUAUAGCUUCUGAUAUUGCAAAUUUUAGCACCGAAAGGGCCUCUGAAAGCUUUGCCCCGCUGUCAGCUGAUCUAUUGGUCGAAUACAACGAUUUGGCCAAAAAAACCAGAAAGCCAUCAAAAAGCUUGGCCAUUCUACUUAAGAAGCUUUCUGUUUUAUUUGGAUGCACUAAUAUCGAUAGCUAUGAGGAAGCCGAGGCUCAAUGUGCAUGGCUAGCAACAAAUGGUCUUGUUGAUGGUAUAGUAUCAGAUGAUUCUGACACAAUCAUCUUUUGUGAGCUUCUGGGCCCUUCUUCUGAAAAUGAAAUCAUCAUAAUUAGAAACUUGUUCGAAAAAAAAAACAGCUCGAUUGAAUGUUACAAUUUAUGUCGAAUUAGGAGCCUGUUGGGAAUUGACUCGUCUAUUUACUUGUCACUGGUCCAGUUCCUAGAAUCUGACUACAGUGGUGGCGUUUCAGGACUUGGGCCUGUAACGGCCCUAGAAUUAUCCGCCUUAUUAAAAGACUGCAAAUAUGAUACUAGUAAAUUGCCUCAUAUCAUUCAUCACCUGCAAGAUAAUCAUCAGGAUCGGAUCUCUGAAUUCGAAAGAUUUAGACCUUUUCUUUCGAAAAUCUCUGUGUGUGCUUGUUCUUCUUUUCCAAACCAGAGCAUUGAAAGGGCAUAUAGAUUUCCAAAAGUCCAUAAGAGUGUACUGAACAAAAAGCCCUGUGUAAAUGAAAUGAAAAUCAAUGUUCAUGAAAUAUGUGGGUUCAUGUUGGAAAAUUUAGGUUGGCCUCAUGAAAAAACAAUGACCUAUUUGGCUCCCGUUUUAAAGCAUCGAGAUCAAAUGCAAGAACGGCGAAAGUGCAAAACGCUGCGAUCCUUUUUUCGCGCAACCAAAAAAAUUUCACUUAAAUCCAAAAGAAUGAAUGCAGCAAUUAACUUGCUGCUGAAAAAUAAAAUUUAA